AUGAACGAAGUUCAUUCUGACAAGAGAGACGCAACGUCUCGCACGCCGUCUGAUCCGGCCGAUGCGGUCGUUUCGCGAGUCACGACAAAUGAAAUCCGAUCACCACAUGUGCCCGCCCACGAUGGUCAUUCUACUGAAGACACAUCAAAUGCGAUGCAGAGUUUUAGGCAAUACGCGGUGGUUUUUGCGCUAUUUCUCUCUCUCUUUGUUGCGGCCCUCGAUGUUAGCAUUGUCGCAACCGCCGCUCCAACCAUAAGCAAUGAGCUGUCUUCCGCCGCUGGCUACACCUGGAUUGGGGGAGCCUUUCUUCUUGCGAGCGUGACGACAAGCGCAAUCUGGGUCAAGCUGUCUGAUAUCUGGGGUCGAAAGAUCAUUCUGCUUACCCUUCUCGCUUGGUUCUCGGUUGCUUCCGCAAUCUGUGCGUCUGCAAAAACCAUUGAUGCGCUUAUAGCAGGCAGAGCGCUUCAGGGAGCCGCAUCGGGAGGUCUCACGCUCCUCGUGCACGUGUGCAUCAGUGAUUUGUUCAGUCUCAGGAAGCGUAGCCUUCUGCUGGGCCUCACGGAGGGCGUCUGGGCCGUGGCAGGCGGGCUUGGUCCCGUCCUGGGCGGCGUAUUCUCCUCACUGAUCACAUGGCGCUGGUGCUUCUGGAUCAAUCUUCCCAUCUCCGGUUUGGCAGCAAUCAUUAUUAUUUAUUAUCUGGAUAUCAAACACGAAUACACGUCUUUUACGGAUGGCGUGAAAGCAUUGGACUGGUCUGGCAUGGUCACAUUCCUCGGCUGUAGCGUCAUGUUACUGCUUGCCCUGGACUUUGGUGGCGUUCUUUUCCCGUGGAACUCGGCCAAAGUCAUAGCUUUAUUUGCUGCUGGUGGCAUCUUGAUCUUCGCAUUCAUUUACAGCGAGGUCAAAAUCGCAAAAAACCCUCUCAUGCCAAUGGGCAUCUUCACCAAAGGCGUCAACGUGGCCAUCAUGGUACUGACUCUUUGUCAUGGACUGGCUUUCAUGAGCGCGGAGUACUACUUGCCUUUACUGCUUCAAUCCUCACUUGAAGCUAGUCCUCUCCAGUCUGGACUACUGCUUUUGCCAUUCAUCGUCACCACUGCUAUCUCCGGCAUUGCAUGCGGCGCGUUCAUCCACCGUACCGGCCGCUUUCAAGAGAUUCUGUGGGUGGGUGCACUGUUUCUUUGUCUCGGAUUUGGACUGUUUAUUUCAUUCAACAUACAUUCCAGCACUGCCCGGAUUAUCGGUUAUCAACUGAUUGGCGGGUUGGGCUCCGGAUUACUGUUCGAGACACCCAUCAUUGCCAUUCAAAGUCAGGUCAGACCGGAGGAGGUGGCGACUGCCACUUCAACGCUCAUCUUUGUCAGAAAUAUUGGCAUCACCCUGUCCGUCGUCAUUGGCGGCAGCUUUUUCCAGAGCUCCAUGGACAAGCAAAUGACCUAUCUCGAGAGCGCGGGUCUGCCCUGGGACUUGAUUAGCAAAUUCUCCGGAAACAAGGUCAUGGCAAAUAUUUUGUCGAUAAAAAACAUUCAAGAUCAGGCCUGGAAGACAGCCGUCGAGACGGCAAUCUGUUUGUCCAUGAGAAACGUAUGGAUUCUGUUCACGGCGGUGGCAUUUGCAGGACUUGUUGCAAGCCUUUUCAUCAGACAGGGGCACUUGAGUACAGAACACACUGUGACUGGCACGGGACUGAAGAAGACGCAACAAGAUGUUGCUAUCCCAUUGCAAACGGUGUAA